AUGCAUUUCAAAGGAAUUUCGUCAGUGGCUUUGGGCUUGUUGGUGGCGCAUUCGGUUGUCGCAAGCCCGUGUAAACCGGUCACCUCGCGUGCCAGCUCUACUGUCUUGACUACUGCUUCAAAGUCUAUAACAUCUAUCCCGACGUCGUCCUCAACAGGCUCUGAAACAACUGUCUUGAGGAGAACGUCGGCCCAGAGUGAGACUGCUACUACCGCGGAGACAAGUGUCGCUGGUGCUGUUACAACCACUACGAUUGCCAUCGAUACAGCCACUACCAGUGCGAAGUCCUCUACAGAGAUUGAAAUUUCUUCAAAUACUAUUGGGACAAGUACCCUCGCUACUGAGGCUACGACUGUACCUGAAGUUAGUACUUCUAUGGCUGAUGAUACUGCGAGUAUCGCUAUCCCAUCGACAGCUAGAAGCACUACCACCACCGAUACAACGGAGGCUAGGGCAGUCACUAAAACUUCAACUGCUAUCGACACCACCGCAACUACCGCAAAGACAACAGCCGGGACUGAAACUACUAGUAGUGCAGUUGCCACAACCACUACCUCAACUGAAACAUCGCCUACAGAUAGUUCAACAAUUAUUGUGGAGGAGAGCACAGCACAAACAUCAGUGGAUAGUACAACAAUCACGACCAAGGACACCGCUACAUCUGUAUCUGUGGACACCACGACGACAACUAAUGAGAGCUCAACAACCACUGAUAGCAUCACAUCUUCUUCAGAAGGCAGUACAACAGCCCAAGCAACAGAUGAUACUACCUCAACCUCCGGUAGCGACACUGCCGCAACCAGUGAAGGUAUCAUUGCUAUUACGACUUCUUCCGAAGGUACUGCUACAACAACGUCUGGAGACAAAACGAGCAGUGAUCAAGACACUACGACUACUAUCGCGACUACAUCUGAGAGUGGUGCUUCACCUGGCACGACUUCAUCGGAAGAUAGCACUACAACGACUGAUGUCAGUACAACAACAGGGUCUGGUGAGACUACCCCUCCUAUCACUACUUCAUCCGAAGACGGCAGUACAACGACCAAGGAUAGUACUUCUGCUAUCACAACAUCAGAAGACAGUACUGCAACAUCUGGGGACAUCACUACAACCGUCACAACGUCAUCUGGUGGCAGAACUACAUCAUCCGAGGACAGCACUACCACUGUAGCAACUUCAGCAAAAGCCAGCAUUCAAACAUCUGGACUGAGCACAACAACUUCUGGUGACAGCACUACCGCCACUGUUGCUUCAUCAAAGGAGACCAGUGCAACAACUGAUGGAACGACUACUACCACUGCUGCUGUGGAGGGCAGCACUACAAUUUCUAUAGAAAGUACUACAACAGCUAAAGAAAGCACAACAACGGCUGAACAGAGUACUACAACCACUGAUGAGAUCACCACCACCACUGCCGAGACAACUACCGCAGCGGGCACCACCACAACCGGCUGUCCUCCUCCAACCACCGUCCUCGCAAACCCAACACCUCUAUUCACCUCAGGAGAUUUCCACAUGGACGAAUACGACACCGUUAACCUCCCUUUCCCAGUCGGCAUAUAUGGCCACCUCUCAAACACAGUCUAUGUUAGUACAAUCGGCAUGUUAACCCUCGUAGCCCCAGACAACUUCUACGAGGGUAACUACGAGCUGCCGUUUACUAUAUACUACCCAUCGGUGGCUAUCUUUCCAUACUGGAUUGAGUAUAUGUAUAUGAUGUCCGAUGUCUGCAACUCAGGCAUCUCGUACGAGGUACAUCAGACGUCUAGGGGGCAGACAUUCACUGUUGAGUACACCAUGGGUGCGCUACGCGAUGAUGGUUACACAGACACGGUUCACUUCACCGUUAGCUUGUAUAAAGAUCAUCCUGGGUUGGUGAGAUUCGUGUACUAUCGCACUUAUGCUGUUGACCACCCGACUGUUGGUGUCCAAGCUGGUGACGACUCUUACUCGCAGUACUCUUUUGGCAUGGCGAUACCAGAAAACUCCUACGUCGAGAUUGAUACGAGCAGUGGAGAUGCUUUCACGACUAGUGGCCAGCUGUGA